GUUCAGCGUCCAUAAGUAUUUAUGUGCCUAACUUCAGACGUAAACGCAUAUAUAUUGACGUCAAGCGCAUAAUGUAAAUUAUUGAUACAAAUUAUACUGCCUGCGCGUUUGUGUAUAUUCGGAAGUGAAACGCAAAAGAAGAGGGGAAGCUAAGGAACAGAAAGAGAAAGAGAGAGAGAGAAAGUGAGAGAGACGUGACGUUGGCGAGGUUAUCGGAUUCUCUCUGCCGGUGUUAUUUGCAUAGCGCUAUUUACAUAGCGAGAUGAAUAUGAAUUGUCGGGAUGAGAUGACGACCGUCACGGUACAGGAUAACACGACGGUGAUACGACGCUUCUAGAGGGACGUUUCCUUGACGGACGAUCGUCGUGACCUUCCGAUCGCGGCAUUCAAGCCAUGUUCAGGUACUUUUGGGCUGUGGUAUGCUGGUACCUUAGGCCCUUCAUAAAAUGGUUCUUGCGCCACACCACGCAGAUGUGCGAGCUACAGAGGAUCUGCUACGGCCAGCCGUCCGGCGCGCCGCGCGCCUUCGCCGUCGAGGAGAACCUCGGGCGAUCGCGCGACGCGAGCAUCAGGACUCUCGUGGCUUACCUGAACGACCACGCCGACCAUCGCCGCAUAACGACGAAAACGGAGCGCAAGAUUCUCGAGGAUGCCAUCAGGACCGUGCUGGUGGCCAAGAAGAUCAAUCCCAUGGCGCAUCCAGACUUUGCCAAGUCGUUCGGCAAGUGCGUGGAGCUGAUCUGGGGCUACCGUCAGCUCUGCGUGGAGUGCGAGGAGCUCAGGAAGACGCCGUACAGCGCGGAUAAUCCGGAGCACGAGCAGAAGCUGCUGAAGCUGUGGAGCCUGCUGAUGCCGUACGAGCCCCUGGAUGCGAGGGUGACCAAGCAGUGGCAGGAGAUCGGCUUCCAGGGGGACGAUCCCAAGACGGACUUUCGCGGGAUGGGUAUCCUGGGACUGGAGAAUCUCGUUUACUUUGCUCAAGAGUAUCCCAGCAUGGCCACACACGUGCUGUCCCACUCGACUCACCCGCGUUACGGUUACGCGUUCGCCAUAGUCGGUAUAAAUCUCACGAGCAUGGCUCUGAAAUUGCUGAGGGACGGCAGUGCUAAGACUCACAUAUACAAUUCCUCGAAAACCCUGCCGACGAUUCGUGCCUUUCAUCAGUUUUACUGUUAUCUAUUUUAUGAAUUUGAUGGAUUUUGGAUCGAGUCCAAGCCUAGCAAUAUGAUGGAAUUCUCGUCGAUACAAGAAAAGUUUGAAAACAGUAUCAGACAGGCGUUAGCUAAUCCAUCAACUGUUUUCAGGAUAAAUGUAGCAGUUGACAAUAUUUAAUAUGAAAAUUGCCUUUUAUUUAUAAGAAACAAGACCAAAAUGGCUAUAUAAAGAAUGAGUACAAUUUUUAGACUAGCAUACACAAAACUUUUUUUUUGUUGUAUUUUUCACAAUGUUGGCUUUGUUGUGAUAUUAAAAUGGCAUUUAAGUAAAUUGACUUCUUUGAUAUUAUAGAAAUCUUUUUUAUUAAUUUAGUCUUUUUUUAAUAAUAUAAUGUGAUUAAUAUCUUGAUGUAACAUGUGUGUUUUAUUAUAAUUUCAUUAAUAGUAAUUGUAAUAGAUGGCUACACAUUUAGCUGUUUCUUUCAAUUUAUAUAGGUUUGUACAUAGAGUACAAUGCUUAUCACAUAUGUGUUAUGUUAAGUAACAUAAUACAAAAUUAGAGCUACUGUGCAUUACGCGCAGUUUGUAUUGAUUUAAAUAAUUUUAUCUAUUUAGAGUUGAAAAUUUUCAAAUAUUGUCAGCGACAAAUCUAGAUUACACUAAUUAAGUUAAAGCUUUAGAAUUCCAAAAAGAUUUGUCAUUGAAUAACUUAAUAAAUAAUUUUAACGAGCAUUAUCACAAUAUCGUGCCUCAUGAAUUUUAUUCUUUAAUAAUUCGAAACACGAGUAUUUUAAAAUCUAAAGAAAAAAUCAUAUACGUGUGAGCUAAACAAGUCAUAGCAUAGUAUUACUGAAAAACAAUGUUGCUUUUAUAGGUUUGCAAUACUUUGAAUUUAUUAUACGUAUAUGCGUAAAUUAUGUACGUAAAGUUUAGAAGAGAUCACUUUCAGAUAAUUAUGAAAGUAUAAAUUGUCAGACAUGUUUGAUAUAGA